UGGCGGGGGGCCUGGCCCCAGGCAGCGCGGGUGCAUUGUGUUGUAAUCAUUCAAAGGACAACCAAAUGUGCCGUGAUGUAUGUGAACAGCAUUCGUGGAUUUUACAGUCUCAGCUAUUUGCAGAUUUUCUCCUCAAAAAGUGAAUCCCGACUAAAACAUCUAUUGCAGCGAGCCCCAGAUUAUUGUCCAGAAGCAAUGGUUGAAAUUUGGAGUUGUAUGAAUUCAUCUUUGCCAGGUGUGUUUAAGAAGUCUGAUGGCUGGGUUGGCUUAGGCUGCUGUGAACUGGCUAUUGCCUUGGAGUGCCGACAGGCAUGCAAGCAGGCAUCUUCAAAGAACGAUAUUUCCAAAGUUUGCAGAAAAGAAUAUGAGAAUGCUCUUUUCAGCUGCAUUAGCAGAAACGAAAUGGGUUCAGUUUGUUGCAGUUAUGCAGGUCAUCACACGAACUGCCGAGAAUACUGUCAAGCCAUUUUUCGAACAGAUUCUUCUCCUGGUCCAUCUCAGAUCAAAGCAGUGGAAAAUUAUUGUGCCUCUAUUAGCCCACAAUUAAUACACUGUGUGAACAAUUAUACCCAAUCUUAUCCAAUGAGGAACCCAACAGACAGUUUAUAUUGCUGUGACAGAGCUGAAGACCAUGCUUGCCAAAAUGCCUGCAAGAGAAUUCUGAUGUCUAAGAAAACAGAAAUGGAGAUUGUUGAUGGUCUCAUUGAGGGUUGCAAGACCCAGCCCUUGCCUCAAGAUCCUCUUUGGCAGUGUUUUCUUGAAAGCUCACAGUCUGUUCACCCUGGAGUCACUGUACACCCUCCUCCUUCUACAGGCCUCGAUGGGGCUAAAUUGCAUUGUUGUUCUAAAGCAAACACUUCAACAUGUAGGGAACUGUGCACUAAACUUUAUAGCAUGAGCUGGGGCAAUACGCAGAGCUGGCAAGAGUUUGAUCGCUUUUGUGAAUAUAACCCAGUGGAAGUGUCGAUGUUGACCUGUUUAGCAGAUGUCCGGGAACCUUGCCAGUUGGGCUGUAGAAACCUUACUUACUGUACCAAUUUUAACAACAGGCCAACAGAACUUUUCAGGAGUUGUAAUGCUCAGUCAGAUCAAGGAGCCAUGAAUGACAUGAAACUGUGGGAGAAAGGAAGCAUAAAGAUGCCAUUUAUCAACAUACCUGUUCUUGACAUUAAAAAGUGCCAGCCAGAAAUGUGGAAAGCAAUAGCUUGUUCACUGCAGAUUAAACCUUGUCACAGCAAAUCCCGGGGAAGUAUUAUUUGCAAAUCAGAUUGUGUAGAAAUUCUCAAAAAGUGUGGAGACCAGAACAAAUUCCCUGAAGACCACACAGCUGAAAGUAUUUGUGAGCUUCUGUCACCUACAGAUGACCUGGAGAAUUGUAUACCGUUGGAUACAUACCUCAGGCCAAGUACUUUAGGUAACAUUGUAGAAGAAGUGACUCAUCCCUGUAACCCAAAUCCUUGCCCAGCCAAUGAGCUCUGUGAAGUGAACCGAAAAGGGUGCCCACCUGGAGAUCCCUGUCUUCCAUACUCUUGUGUUCAAGGUUGUAAAUUGGGAGAAGCUUCUGAUUUUAUUGUCCGUCAAGGGACACUAAUCCAGGUGCCUUCAUCUGCAGGGGAAGUUGGUUGUUAUAAAAUCUGUUCAUGUGGACAAAGUGGACUCUUAGAAAACUGUAUGGAGAUGCACUGUAUAGAUCUCCAGAAGUCCUGUAUUGUUGGUGGAAAAAGAAAAAGUCAUGGAACAUCCUUUAGUAUUGACUGCAACGUCUGUUCUUGUUUUGCUGGCAAUUUGGUGUGUUCUACCCGCCUCUGCCUCAGUGAGCACAGUUCAGAAGAUGACCAUCGCACCUUCACAGGUCUGCCCUGUAACUGUGCAGAUCAGUUUGUCCCUGUGUGUGGACAGAAUGGACGCACUUAUCCCAGUGCCUGCAUUGCUCGCUGUGUGGGUCUCCAAGACCAUCAGUUUGAAUUUGGAUCAUGCAUCUCAAAGGAUCCAUGUGAUCCUAACCCUUGCCAAAAAAACCAAAGAUGUAUACCCAAACCACAAGUCUGCCUGACGACUUUUGAUAAAUUUGGAUGUAACCAAUAUGAGUGUGUGCCAAGACAGCUUGCCUGUGACCAGGUUCGCGAUCCUGUUUGUGACAAAGACCACAUGGAGCACAAUAAUCUCUGCACUUUGUACCAAAGAGGAAAAAGCCUCUCUUACAAAGGCUCAUGCCAGCCCUUCUGCAGAGCCACAGAGCCCGUCUGUGGGCACAAUGGUGAGACCUAUAGCAGUGUGUGUGCUGCCUACUCAGACCGUGUGGCAGUAGAUUACUAUGGGCCCUGCCAGGCUGUUGGGGUCCUCUCAGAGUACAGUUCUGUCGCCGAGUGUGCUGCUGUGAAGUGUCCUUCACUCUCAGUGACUAGAUGCAAACCCAUCAUCCCACCCGGUGCUUGUUGCCCAUUAUGUGCUGGGAUGUUAAGAGUUUUAUUUGACAAAGAAAAGCUGGAUACCAUUGCUAAGGUAACAAACAAAAAGCCAAUAACAGUUCUGGAAAUACUUCAGAAAAUCCGCAUGCAUGUAUCUGUCCCACAGUGUGAUGUAUUUGGAUACUUCAGUAUUGAGUCAGAAAUCGUGAUCCUGAUCAUUCCUGUCGAUCAUUUUCCAAAAGCUUUGCAGAUUGAAGCCUGCAAUAAAGAAGCAGAGAAGAUCGAAUCCCUUAUCAAUUCUGACAGCCCUACUCUGGCAUCCCACGUCCCUCUCUCUGCCCUCAUCAUCUCCCAGGUGCAGGUCUCUAGCAGUGUGCCGUCGGCCGGCAUUGGGGCCAGGCCACCGUGCCACUCCUUCCUCCUGCCCCUUAGCCUGGGCCUUGCCUUGCGCUUGUUCUGGACACAUAACUGACUGCCCAUGAAAGGUGCAAAAUGGUCCUCAACCUAACCUUUCUACCUUGUGCAAGACAUUCGGGAUUGCUGGUUUAUAGCUGAAUAGUGGCCAACUAAAGCACAAGUCACCUCUGUUCACCACACAGUAUUUUUUUUUUUAAUCUGCCAAUAUUAGUAGGGUUUUUGUUUUGUUUUUACAAAUGUUAAAAUACGUUCUUCCAAAUACUAAUGAAAAGAGGAUGUCUCUUUCUGGUGGAUCACUGCCUUAUGAUUUCCAUUUUGCUUACUAGAUGGGUCCCCUACUCUAAAGCAAAUUUAAUAUCACUGAUAAAUGAGUUGAUCACUUUUUAGAAAGAUAACUCACUUUACUAUCAGGUUCAUGUCACGGACACUUCAUUUCAAAGUUCCUCUAAGUAUUAAGGUGCCCCUUGUAUUUGUUUUUGUUUACAGAUAAUUACCUACUCUAUCUAGAAGCUAGGGGUCCUAGUGAAGAGCCCUGCUAAGAGAGAGUAUGAAAUUAAGCAUUUUUGAAAUUAGAAUGUAAAUCAUCAGGCAAAUUUCAGUUAAUUUAUAGAAAUUUAAUUUAGGACUCUAUCUAUUGUGUUAAGCAAAAGCGAGCUGACUAAAUGUCACUCAUAUAAUAAUAUGUUGUGACAGUCUCAGUGGUCACUGAUUUGUGUUUGUGUUUGUGACUUGUGAAAGGGAGAUGUGACAUUGCAUCAAAGCGUCUUGCAUUAUGCAAUUUAUAUAUUAACCAGAUAUAUAUUCUUUGGUAUUCAUCCGAGUUAAAUUUAGAGUUUUUAAACAUCAAUCUUUAAACCAGUUGCUGCUAUUUAUAUAAUUGCCAAAAAGUGAAAUAAUUAGUAGUUCAUGUAAAUAAUACAUGAUUUUUCUAUUUUAUUAUGAAAAAGGUGAAUAGCCAUAUUUGUAAAAUGACAAUCAUGUGUGUUAACCCAGGACUUUCCGUUCAUGAAAACACAUUUGCUUUUUGUGAUAUGCACAAUGUAGAUAAGUGUUCUGUCUGACUUUCUUUUUUGAUAUAGAAUGAUAAAGAAUUGUAGUUUAUAUAUUUUAAAAUUCAAACUGAGUAUUAAAAUGUUUGUAUGUUGUCUAAGAAAUUUAAUACCAUGAAUGUGUUUCACAGUUUGAAAUAAGCUAUUCAAUGUAAUACUUGUUUAUAUGCACCUGAACCUAGAUUUUACAUGAAGUAUUUUUUUCAGUAUUAUAUGUACUCUCUGAAAUACAUAGGGAUAUGCUUUUUAUACCAAAAUGUUGUUGAAAAGUGGGCACUUAAAGUUUUCAGAAUAUCUCAGUGCUGAUGUAGCAUGUUGGUUGCAAUUGCUUUUUUCUGUAUAAAUGUCUUCAAUGCAAUAUACGAGAAAGCUUUUCUAUUUUAAUAAAAAUAAUUUUUAUAUGA